UUUCUAAUCAAAUUCUAUCCUCUUAAAAGAUAAAGAAUCUAGAGCCUUAUUAGUAUUUUGGAGUACAAGAGUAGUAAUCGCACGGCUAUUCAUCAGACAGAUCACGACUGAAGCACAACCUCACCAACGUUUUUCUGCUAAUCUCGUUUUCCCCAAUCUCGCCUUUCUAGGUGUGUAAUCAGUAAUGGGCAAUUGUCUCGUACACAAAGGACGUGCACCCUUGAUAAACAAAGGGUGUGUAGACAAGGACCGAAUUUCGCAGUUGCCGGAACACAAUCUUAUAAACAAAGGGUGUGUAGACAAGGACCGAAUUUCGCAGUUGCCGGAACACAAUCUUAUAAACAAAGGGUGUGUAGACAAGGACCGAAUUUCGCAGUUGCCGGAACACAUGAUCCACCAAAUUCUAUCAUAUGUUCCUGUAAAAGAUGCUGGUCGAACAUCUAUUCUAUCCAGGUUUUACUGGCUUCAAAUUGGUUACAAUCCCUUAGUGUUCGAUGGUGCAAGUUUACAAGUACCAACCUUAUUAGCUACAAUGUCGGCAACUUUUCUUCCCUGCGACAGAUAUGGUUGUCACAUGUUAUGCUGGGUGAUGAAGCAUUGAGUAACUUAGGUAUUUGUUGUCCAAAUAUUGAACAUCUAGAGUUUGAUGAUUGCGCGUUUUGGUUUGAAACCCUUGAACUUUCGAAAUUUCCUAAGCUAAAGAAGGCUUCUUUUAAUGGUGGACCACAACAUAGCAGGCUUCGUAAUGUUAACAAUACAGGAACUAACCAGCUUGAGAGUUUUCAUCUUUGUAUUUUUAAUACGGAAUGGGUGAUCAAUCCAGAUAAUACUUGUAGUAGUAAUAUCAAAAAUCUCGAACUUUAUUGCUCCGUUAACGUGCCUAGUCUGUUUGAAGACCUUACAACGACAUUUCCACUCAUUGAGAAAGCAAGUAUUAAUGGUUUAGAUAGGAUGAAAGCCUCUAAUUAUCAUUUGAAGAGUUUAGAUUUAUCAAUCGUUAAUUCACUUAAGAAGAUUUAUGUAGAUUGUCCAAAUUUGAAUGAUUUCAGUUAUUCAGGUUUGGUGUUGGAGGAGCUUUAUAUCGACUGUCCAAAACUAAUUUACUUCCGCUAUAGUGGGUGUAAGAAGAUUCCAACGUUUAUUUAUCUUAACGUACCAACUACUAUACAGAGGAUACACUUUAAUUUUAACGUGUGGUCUGGUAUUAACUCGUCGUGGUUCAUCAGCUUAAACAAGUUUGUAGAGAUGAUAGGAGUACACCAACAUGUUUACCUACAUCUUGAUGUUUGUCGUUUGGAGUUGGCUGAAUUUAUUCUGGAUGAAUUUGAAGCAACUCAGAUUUUCCAAAAUAAUGUUCACCUAGAUCUGCGGAUAAUAUACAGUUGUAACAUACAAAAUCCAGUUGCUCUUGUAGAUGGCUUGAUUUGGAGUAUCCAUCCGAGUACGUUGAGUAUUGAGGGUGGUUGUUAUGAAUUUAUCAAGGACUUGUGUGGAAAACUAGGUAUUAAAAAAAGUGAAGAUGAAUCAUGUUGUGAGCAGCAAGAGUCAUGCAGUAAAUAUUGGUGGCAUAAUAUCAAAGACUUUGAAGUUAAGCACCAAGAUAAAGACAUGAAGGAGAAGUUGAUAUCUUUGCCUGAGCUGUACCAAGACUACCCAGAUUACAUACCUAGAAACAAGUCUUGUUUCAAAUUUCAGUGGCGCUCUUGUAUCAACUUGAUUCAAAAUUCCUUGAUCCUACACUAAUAAUUAUGGCAAUGUACAUGGAGUUUGGUUAACGCAUAGUUACUUUUAUUUUUCCGUUUGAUAAUUCUACUCUUUAGAAAAACAAUGUGUGGAAGGAAAUCGAUUUUAUGGUAUGCUUAAUGAGCAACACAAAUUUUCAAAGAAAUAUAUGAAUUUGUCAGAGAAUAAGACUUUUACAGUCUGUGUAUCCUCCAUUAUCA